CCAGCCUCCUGAUUCGCUCCCGGUCGUGACUCCCACCCACCAUCCUCUCCCAUCCCUCUUCCUCCUCCUCCUCUUCCUCCUCUCCUCUCCAUUGUCCCACCUCCCUUCUCCUGCUCCCUCCUCGCCCGCCUCCAAGAUAGAUUCCCUCAGGAGUAAAGUUGACCUGCUCAAGCUGCCCCUCGCUCUCUCCACCAAGUCCAUCUCCGAGCGCAAAAGCCAGCUGGGAGGAGUCGGCGAGCAGCGCGGAACGGGGGGAGGAGGAGGAGGCGGGGCUCGCAAGGCCCGCUCACCGCCGACCCGAGACAUGGACAACGAGUCUCAGUACUCGGGCUACUCAUACAAGUCUUCUCACUCCCGAAGUUCACGCAAACACAGGGAUCGGAGGGACCGUCACCGCUCUAAAAGCCGGGACAGCAGCAGUCGUGGAGACAAAUCGGUGACCAUCCAAACUCCUGGAGAACCUCUGCUGGACGCAGAGUCGACUCGAGGAGACGACAGGGAUGAUAACUGGGGCGAGACCACCACCGUGGUGACUGGGACCUCCGAACACAGCAUCUCUAAUGAGGACCUGACCCGCGUUACCAAAGACUUGGAGGAGUCGACUCCUCUGGAGUGCAAGCGCUUCCUGGGCCCCGCUCUGGGCGGCUGUCUGAGCUUCUUCGCUCUGGUCACGCCUUUAGCCUUCCUCAUCCUCCCUCAGGUGCUGUGGCGCGACGCCCUAGAGCCCUGUGGAACCCCCUGUGAAGGUCUCUACGUGUCUCUGGCCUUCAAGCUGCUGGUCCUCCUCAUCUCGUCCUGGGCUCUGUUCCUCCGGCCCCCUCGCGCCACCCUCCCUCGCUUCUUUGUCUUCCGCUGCCUGCUGAUGGUGCUGGUGUUUCUGUUUGUGGCGUCAUACUGGUUGUUCUAUGGCGUGCGGGUGCUGGAGCCCAGGGAGCGGGACUACAGGGGUAUUGUGGAGUACGCCGCCUCGCUGGUGGAUGCCCUGCUCUUCAUCCAGUACUUGGCUCUGGUUCUGUUGGAGGUCCGACACCUGCAGCCCGCCUUCUGCCUCAAGGUGGUCCGCAGCACUGACGGAGCCAGCAGGUUCUACAACGUGGGCCACCUCAGUAUCCAGAGGGCAGCUGUCUGGGUGUUGGACCAUUAUUACAGUGACUUCUCCGUCUAUAACCCUGCUCUGCUCAAUCUGCCCAAGUCCAUCCUGUCCAAGAAGAUGACCGGCUUCAAGGUUUACUCCCUGGAUGAAAAUACCACCAAUAACUCCACAGGCCAGUCUCGGGCCAUGAUCGCAGCUGCCGCCCGGAGGAGAGACAACUCCCACAACGAGUACUACUACGAGGAGGCUGAGAUGGACCGCCGGGUCCGCAAACGCAAGGCCAGGUUGGUGGUGGCGGUGGAGGAGGCCUUCACACACAUCAAACGUCUCCACGAAGAAGAGGCCGCCUCGUCGCCCAAACAUCCCAGGGAGGUGAUGGACCCUCGGGAGGCGGCUCAAGCCAUUUUUGCCCCCAUGGCCCGGGCCAUGCAGAAGUACCUGAGGACCACCCGACAGCAGGCCUUUCACAGCAUGGAGAGCAUCCUCACACACCUGCAGUUCUGCAUCACACACAACAUGACGCCCAAGGCGUUCCUGGAGCGGUACCUGACCCCGGGCCCCACCAUGCAGUACCAGCAGCAGAACGGCAGGGGGCGCCAGUGGACUCUGGUGAGCGAGGAGCCCGUCACCUCGUCUCUGCGUCAGGGUCUGGUGUUCAGCCUGCGGCGCCUGGACUUCUCCCUGGUCGUUACGGUGACGCCCCUCCCCUUCCUGCGACUCGGGGAGGAGUUCAUCGACCCAAAGAGCCACAAGUUUGUCAUGAGGCUGCAGUCGGAGACCUCAGUGUAAAGACCUGACCCCCCCACCCUCCCACCCCACCUGACCCCUGGGCCCCCCCUGUUGGAUCACUAAUGUAGCAGGACCUGUAGUGACCAUGUGAUCCACUCCAACCAAUCAUAUCUUCUGUCUGACACAAAAAACCCUUGAAGCACGAGUACAAAUGGCUGUUCUGUGUUCGUCACAGGUUGAACUGUGAUCACUUGGAUGAUUGUCUGGAACUAAAGAGGCCUUGACUUUAACUCUUCCUGUUACAGCUGUUAACACUCUGUUUUUCUAAAGGGGACUUCCGUCGUUUUUUUUCUGUAACCACUGGACUACAUAAGUACGCUGACUCGACACAAGAGCACCGGAGGAGGGGGAUUACAUCAGGCCUAAAGACAGACCAAUAGCAGCUCAGCUCUGCUCUACCACUGUUUGGUUCCUGUCUCUGUUUUUUUUUUUUUGUUAGACAGUGUGAUUUUUGUACUCACAGAAUGUAGCAUUGAAUUAACAUGAGGCUUCUGCGACUUUAGGCCAAACUGUGUUUGAAUGUGACUGUAAAGGAAAGUGGAAGAACAUUCCAGACUCUUUAUAUUACCUACUGUUGACGUAUGCAGCUGUCAUUCUACUCUACACUGGCCUUUUUAAAAAUCCUCCUGUAGUUUCAACUGAUCAACAGGUUGUCUGUAUCUGGAUAAAACUAGAAUGGUCCUGGAUCUGGCAGAAAACUAAAACCCAAACUGUUUCUGUGUGUUCUUACAUGCACUCAUAGGGUUUUUAGUUUGACCAAACCACUUCCACAAUUUAUCAGUUUUAGGAUCAGAUGUGAGUGUGGUUUGAAGAUAGUUUGAAGAGUUUGGCCACAAUCUGCAGAAAGGGUAUUAACUCUAACUUCCGUAGAAACACGACAUCGAUCUUUCAGGGUUAGGUUCGAACAAGGACACGACAGACGAGUGUCGGUCUGGGGUUGGAUCAUGAACUCAGCCCAGACUCAGUGCAUUCAGUCAGAAGCAACAACAAACUAUGUCCAGUCUCUUAAAAAACAGCAGCUGCACUGGUUUUAAUAUGUUUUACAGACAUGUUGAAGUGGAGUUGAAACAUGGACAGAAAAAUCCAUUUUUCACUGUUAUGGACAAUUUAGGAUUUGAAUCAUUUUCUGCCAACACGUCCAAAGACAAACCAUGUUUAUUAAAAUAUGUCAUUUUCAAUCAGAGAAACACAUUCACAAUGAAUAGAUUACAAGAAUUAAUAAGCUUUAAUUUUUUAUUUUUGUUGAGCAAGAAAUGUCUCCAAAUGAAUCCACUCAGUUUUGUAACGUAGAUGUUUUGACACUUUUCAUAAGCCAAACUUCAGUUAAUCUUCCCUGUUUUCAAGUAUUGCUGAGGAGUGUCUAUGGAACUGGAGCAGUCAUUUUCACACAACUUUUAUCUCUUAUUAGUGGUUAUUACCAUUUUUACUGUUGGCAUUUUUCUAAAGGCAGUUGGGAAUGACCUUUGCACAAAAGCUGAUGUAAACCUGACACUGUAAUAAUGGGCUGAUUCAUCUGAUCAGACAUCCUCAUAAAGGGCUACAACUGUCAGAGUAAAUGAACAUAUUACAGAGACCACACUCGUACCAGUUUAAGUGGAUACUGAGAAUAGGUUCAGCGCUGCCCCUUGUGUGACUAAGGUGUUAAAACUACUCAUCACAGUGUUAAAAACGCUCCUUCUGAGGUAGAAGUGAAGCUGUGGUGUUGUUUUACUCAAAGCUACUAGACUCCUUUGACAA